AUGGUAUUCUCGUGUCUCAUCACAGAACUAUGUGGGAGAGCGUUAGUACCAUCUCUUCUCGAGAUAGACCAGACUACCAGAGCAGCUCAUGUGGGAGACUGGAGGUUGAUUAAGAAGGGAGAUGAGGAUGAUGAUGGGAUACAGAAGCUCGGUGAUGACGACGAGACUCAGUUCGAGUUGAGUUCGAGCCAUAGUGAGCAUGGUGCUGCCCCUGAGCAGACUAUUCCCGUAGCUGCUAGUACUGAUACUAUAGCUAGUACUACUGCUGCCUCUGCCACCGCUACUGACUCGGUUCCGGUGAAUGUUGAGGCUACUACCACUACUACUUAUGCCACUACCGCUGAUGCGAGUUCAAUGCCUGUUGAUGCCACAGUUUCAGCUACUGCUAUGCCGCCACCACCACUUGCUGCCACGCCCAUGACUUCUGCGAGUGCCAUUGCUUCGUCUGUUCCACCAUGA